AUGGACAUCAAGGCCGGUGUUACACUGCGGCUCCUCGAGACGUCCGCUUUUGGCCAUAAUCAGAGGUUGACUUGGACAGUGCUUCUCCAGUCUGCGCCCUUUACAAGCUCUGUCAGUCCUCCCGUCAGACCCGCCAACAAGGCCUUCCUCGGAUGGCAGCCAUCGCAGCGAACUCCUCUCGAAAGAGCGUUUGCACGUAGUGACGGAGUGUCGGGAAAAGACCGUGACUGGGACCUGGUGAGUCUACAGAAUCUUCUCUCGAUGCGAGAUCCGUUCCCAGUGAUUGAUUCGCAAACACAGGCAUUUGAUCUUGCAGAUAAAGGCCAUUGCUUAAAUGGCCUUCGGAACACCGUAUUUGACCUCGGUGAGAUCUCCCACCUCGACGCAGGAAGCAACUCGCCGGGCGCCGUCAGAAGAGUGCAUGAAAUCUUCCCUUGCCCUACCUUCAUGAGGAAGGUGGAUGGGAAAGACGUAAAGCAGGGGAAGCUCAGCAAUUGCUGGUUCGUCGCAGGCUUGACGGCUCUUGCGAACAUCGAGGACCGGCUAAGCCAGACGUGUGCUGCAUAUGACACAGAAAUUGGUGUCUACGGUUUUGUCUUCUACCACGAUGGUGCGUGGACCUACACUAUUAUCGAUGACACACUCUACCUUCAAGCGCCCUGCUGGGACUCACCAAGCAUCCAAAGAACGCUGCUGCAACAAACUGGGCGCGUCGAUGCGGAGGACGAAUUCAAGCAAACCCACCAGACCGGGUCGAAGGCCCUCUUCUUUGGCCAGUGUACAGACCAGAACGAAACCUGGGUGCCUCUUAUCGAGAAGGCCUAUGCCAAGGCGCAUGGUGACUAUGCGGCGCUGGCAGGGGGCUGGAUUGGAGAGGGUCUGGAGGAUCUUUCUGGUGGGGUGACGAUGGAAUUGUUCACAUCAGACAUCCUUGACCUGGACGUGUUUUGGGAUUCGGUCCUUUCCCAAGUCAAUCAGGAGUUCUUACUUGGUGCUUCGACGGGUUUCUUGGAUGGUGGGUAUGGCGAGCGUGAUGGCAUAUCAGAGGGCCAUGCUUACAUUGUUGUGGCAGCCCAUACUCUGAAGUCGGGUCAGCGGUUACUGAAGCUUCGGAAUCCAUGGGCCCACGUACGAAAGGGCAUCUGGGAAGGUGCGUGGAGCGACGGCUCUAAGGAGUGGACACCUGAAAUCCAGAAGGAACUCGACCAUCAGUUCGGCAGCGACUCGGUCUUCUGGAUCUCGUUGGAUGACUUUAUGCGCAAAUACUCUCACCUCGACCGCACCAGGCUCUUUCGGGAACCGGAUUGGCGGUGCAUCCAGAGCUGGAUCAGUGUCAAUGUGCCAUGGAUAGCAUGCUACCGCGAGCGAUUUCGUGUUGCCCUGACCCAGGAGUCCCCAGUUGUUGUCGCCGUCUCACAACUCGACAGACGUUAUUUCAACGGCCUGCAUGGUCAAUAUUCCUUCCAUCUUGAAUUCCGUAUAGACCAAGACGGAAGCGGAAGAGUUCGGCGACGUAUCGUACAGUCUCACGGAAACUAUCUGAUGGCACGUUCGGCUGCCGCAGAGCUUCCGGAUCUGAUGCCCGGUACCUAUAUUGUGUGCGUCCGAGUCUCUGCUGAGAGAGACAACUCGCUGGAGUCGGUUGACGAAGUGAUAAAGCAAGAGUGCAAAGCCAGGACAGAGAAUCCUAAGCUGGCACAGGUAGGGUUUGCUUACGACGUAGCCCAUAGCAAGGCUCAACACUACAUCACCGAAUUCAACCGUUUAGAUAAGAAAAGAAAACAAGAGUCAGCAUCGAGAUGCCGUAAAAGGACUCGGCGUCUAGCUUGGAAGAAGCGCCACACCAGAGGUGAAAUUCUCAAGACGCAGAAGCGAAAAGAUGACGCGAAGAGAAGAAUCGACCAAGGACCAUCCGCUAUGAGAACUGUAGUUGAGUCAAGGAAGGACAUCGAGGGUGACGUACGAAGAACUGAAGGGGCAAGCGAAACCGUCACCGUUCGACAUGUCGACACAGACAAUGUCAAAAUUAUCUUACCCUGCAGGGGACGAAUUGAUAGCUGCAAUAGUGAGCCUAGAGAGCCCACGGGAGAAGAUAAGUCUAUCAGAAAGAUGCCGACGACGAACUGGUCAGCCGGGAUGAGUAAAAACCAUGAGGCUAGCGAUUCUUCAGAUUCUCCGACCGAUAAUUGGGAACAGCUUUACAGCAGCGACAACACUACCCAUUCUAUAGGAGAGGAACUCAACAAUGCACUGCGUCGAAGGACAAGGUGCAGUCACAUCAUCGGCAGGGACACAGAAGCCAACAGUACGGAGAGCGAGGACUCGGAUGGAGGUUCAGUACGGACCCCUUGGGAUGCUGUGUGUUGUCUAGGUAUUCGAGUCUACUCCAAAGACGAAAACCUCACCCUCGAGACCAUUUUGGGCGAUGAUUAG